GUAAGCCAGAGGCAACUCGACAACUUCCAACAUUCUAUUUUUACGCUCGUCCAAAAUUAAACAUUGAUCUGAGCCCGAAUUGCGUCAAUAACAACAGUUUGUUUACCGAUAACAGAAUGUGAGGUUGGAAUUUUGAGCACUGCAACUUGUAAACUAGCAGCCUUAUCUAUGACGGUGCGGCUGCUGAAGCACAGCAGAGCUUUCAAUUGCUAUAUCCUUCUAAGUGUGUGGAUCCUGCUGGUUAUCGCCGGCAUUUACAAGUUUCUAGAUUGGAGCCCGAAAGUCAUCCAGACAACUCCAUCGCCUAUCACGGAAACCUUUGAGGCUUCAGGGUCUGCAGGACGCAAAUCUAAGCGCAUUUUUCGACUGUGCAACUUUCCCGAGGAUAUCAAUGAAGGCGAUGAAGGAAUACGCGACAGUAGAAAGUGGAUACUGAAAGGAAUAUUAAUUUUAAUUCGACAUGGCGAUCGAGGCCCCCUUCAACAUGUCCAGAAGAUAUCGACAAUUGAUUGUGGCACCGAAGAAACACAACUUAUCCAAUCGUACAAGUCAUAUCUUUACAACCUGACCAUAAAUGGAAAAGUGCAAUGGACGGGCCCAGGGCCAUUUCAUGCCUUUCCUUUGAUGCCCCAAAGUGCCCGACAGUGCCAGUUGGGGCAACUUACUAUGCAAGGGAUAAGCCAGCAUCUAAAUCUGGGCCAAAUGUUGCAGAAGAGCUAUCACAAAGUCUGGCCAAGACUGCUAUCUCUAAACCCGGAAGAAGUUUUAGUUUAUAGCACCAUAUAUAGAAGAACUUUCCAGUCUGGAUUGGCGUUUUUAUUUGGCCUGAUUCCCAAUGAAACUUUGACAAAAGUUACCAUCGGCGAGAGUCAAUCGAUGAGCUUCUGUUUUAAUGAUUGCGAAUGCCCGGUGACGGAGAGUUUGAAAAAAUUUGUACAAAGCAGUGAGCUGCAUCAGCUCAAGUCGCAUCCAGCCAUUGAAACGCUGGCGCAAACCACCGGAAGACUUUUAAUAUCAGCCGAUGCUGAGCAAAAGGCUCUUAUCAAAGAUCCCUAUGUAAUUCGCGAUGCUUUAUUAACGUUUGUUUGCCAUAGAAGCGGCUUGCCGUGCGAAAAGCCCGGAAACUGUGUCAGAAAACAAAACGUUGCUGGAAUAAUCGCCUACACUGAUUGGAUAAAUUACCAAAAAUGGAGAAAUAUCCAUUGGCAACGACUGUCUUUGUUAAAGUCUUAUGGCCACGUUAGGCAUAUCGUUCAGCAGAUGCUGCAUAUGGUCGGCUCCAAUGGCCCAAAUUUAGUCCUCUACUCGGGCCAUGAUUUCACUUUGCUGCACCUCUCAACUGCUUUGGGUCUAAUCAAUGAUCCUCUAUUGCUCCGAUACGCGUCUCGAUUGGUUUUCGAAGUGUACCAAGAUAACCGCAACAAUGACGAGAAGGGAACAUACUUCCGCCUUUUGUCCAAUGUAAAUCCGACCACAUGCUGACUAGCGAGUUCUUACCUAGUUUUUGCAAUAUCCACUGGCAUACUGGCGGCAGUGGUGACCAGUCCCGAGAUCAUGGAUGCCAGGAAGUGCAAGAAAAUGCCUUCAUGGAAAUAACCAGUUUUCACUAAGUACUGUUUAGCUUGAGAGUAGCUGGCCAGUUGGGCGGCAUUCACCACCAUCGCUCUUCCCAUGGUGGGCACAGCCCCUCUCCAAAGAGUUAGCAGGCCUAAUCAAACAGAUGAUUUCAGCAUUCCACCGUUAAUUUGUGCGAUUCGGUACCUUCUUCUCGGUAUAUCCUAAAAAGUGCGUCAAAAACACUUUUGUAGUUUCUUCUUUCAUUCAAUGGCAGCCUGCCGUCGGCGGUCAUUCGAAUCAAAGCCACUUCAGCGGGGGUUCCUGAAAAAAACUUUUUUGUCUACUUACUAAAAUAUGGAGAAACGUUGUUUGAAUUGGAAAAAAUGUUAAUUGUUAAAA